UGCUGACUUCAUGUAGACUCCGGGAUGACGUGGUCUUCGGUGAACCUGCAACAAAAUUGAGCCGGGAAGGGGAUUUCGGCGACGGCCCUUCGAUGCUCAAGUCAGGCGAGAGAAAAUUGAAACAGCUUAACAAGGCCAAAAGCUACAAUAGAUGAGAAUGCAUACCUUCGUCGAAGAUUGGGGGCCCUUAUAUAGAGCUCUCAGGAGGCACGUGCACGCUUUUCGAAACAUGUACGUUCCUCAAAGCAUACCUAAAAAUGGUCGUGUCAGAAAAGUGCGUCUGACACUAUACCUCAACCGUCUGAGCAUAUCUCUGACAUGACAAUGGAAACUUCUAGUGUACGAUUCUCUGUCCGGUCCGGCUGCCAACCAUGUUAUUUGUCGACGACACAUGUCUCGAGAAGGACAUCACCGGUUGUCCCCUUUGUCCUCUUCUGUUCCUUUUGUCAGUUACUAGCUUGAUCGGGAGAGAUGCAGGGAUCCAUUGCUGUUCGAGAGGGGACGUGUAUUGGUCCGAGCUGGAAGGCCACUCGGCCACAUACUCGGACGAGAAUGUCUUCGUUGAUUCGUAACUCGUCCGAGCGAACAGGCCGCCCAGCGCCUCAAUUUUCCUAGGUGGACUCAUGAGCGUCAGAAACCCGACCUAUGGUCGAACUAUCUCCGCGUCGCUUUGGGCGCUGUUGUGGCCGAUCGACCAAGUGGAUUUUCGCUCAGCCAGACCUCUAGGCUGCACAUCUUAGAUUUGACCAUCACAUGUCAUUGACCUCUUGUAGUACAGGACCUCCAUUCUUACUACUGCUGGAUCAAAUACGUUUUCUUUCAUAAAAUACAGCCGUUGUACUUGGUGGGUUCCUCCCCUCCACGCAGGCCGCAGGAUGCAGGCAGGGAAAAGGAAAAUUCUUUGUUUAUUCAUCAUUGGAAAGUGUUUUAGGAAUUAAACACACGAUGCCAAAAAGCAGGCACUAAAAUAAAUAGGAAGCUAAAAAAAGACAAACUAACAAGUAGAUAGAAGAACAAUAAACAUGCCAGCUUAUGAAGCGCAGUUAUGGGGAAAUCUCCACUCUCCUCCACCAAUUAAAGCCAUCUCGCUCGCCUCUUCUUCUUCGAGCCACCACCACACCUCAAGGAAAAAGAGGGCAGCACGGGUUCUGAAAGAUAAAGAGACAAAAAGACAAGGGAGAGAGAGCAGAGAAGGAUGAAGAAGACGACUCUUCUUCUCUUUAUUUGCUUUCCACUCUUUUGCUUGGGAUAUUUUGUAUUAUGAAUCGAACAUUGAUCCAUCUCUUCUCCCAUUUGGUGGCGCAAAAAUGGCUCUUUUAUCUCUCUUCGAUCAGCUUUAUUGUCGAGAGGAGAACUUGGAGGAGUUUGGCGAAGAAGAAUUCGAGCAAUCUGUGCCGGCGACGCUUCUUUCGACGCCCCGUGAGUCCGAGCGCCACCUUCUCUCGGCGACGGAUGUUGAGUCCGAGGAGGAGUGGGCGGAGUUGCUCUGCUCUCUCUUGUCCAAAGAAGGGGAGUUUCUACCGAAACUCUUUCCCGACGGCGGCGAUUUUUCUUACCUCCAAUCGGCGAGGAAGGUUGCGGUGGAGUGGGUCGCGCGGGCCGCGCGGCGGCACGGCUUCGCCGCCCUCACUGCGCUUCUCGCCGUGAACUACCUCGAUCGGUGCUUCCUGCCUUGCGACGCCCGGGGGGAGCUGCUCCGCCUCCAGGACGACAAGCCGUGGAUGGGCCGACUCGCGGCCGUGGCGUGCCUCUCGUUGGCGGCGAAGGUGGAGGAGACGCGCGUCCCUCUCUCCGUCGACCUCCAGAUGCCUGAGACCCCAGAAGACGGCGGAUUCGUGUUCGAGCCCAAGACCGUCCGGCGGAUGGAGCUCCUGGUGCUCUCCGCUCUCCGAUGGAGGAUGAACCCCGUCACUCCCCUCUCCUUCCUCCACCAUUUCUUCCCUCGACUCCAUUCGAAGGCUAAAUCCGCCGGAACUGACGCCGGCGCUGUCCGCCGCAUCCGCGCGCUGCUGAGGAGGUGCGAAGCGACUCUUCUGUCUGCAACGGCCGAUGGGAGAUGGGUCCGAUACCCGACGUCGGCGUGGGCAGCAGCGGCAUUGCUUCAGGCGACGGAAUCCAGCGACGGAGGCGCCACGGCGGCGGAAGUCCAAGAGACCCGCCGCCUCAUUUCCCUCCUUAAAGCUCCCAAGGAAAAGGUGGAAGAAUGCCACCAGGUAAUCUCGGAAACAUCUCAAACCGGCAUGAUCGGCCACAAGCGCAAGCUUUCUCCCUCUGAUCUCCACUCCUGUCGGUCGCCGCCAAGUCCCAGCGGAGUGAUCGGUUCCUGCUUCAGUCGUGAGAGCUCCUACGACUCGUGGGCUCCUCCUCCUCCUCGAAAGAGAAGCAACAGCAACGUUAGCAACACUCCAGCAGACAACACAGACGGAGAAAAACUAAGAUUCACUGAUUAACGUUUUGCCUAUGGAUCAAUAAGAAAUUUUACUUUCUCUUCUUGGAAGGUAUGUGGCGGGUGUUGUCACAAUGAGGUCGCAGAGGUCGCAGAGGUCGCAGGAUUGAUCCUCGGAGCAGUUGGGGAAUAAAUCUCUUAUCCCCGUAUUAUAUCCUGUCCUUCACAUGCUCGUUCGGAUGCUAUGAUUUACCUUCCUCGUGAUGACCUUGGGUCGGAUACGACGGGGGCGCUGGGAGCGAGUGUUUUGCCUUUUGCCACAAUAAGAAAUUUUACUUUCUCUUCUUGGAAGGAUUCGCCUGGACUUGUGUAGUCUUUGACCUUAAUAACAGACUCAGACCCAUCUUCCAAAAAUCUCCAGGGACUAAACCAACCCGAGAAAGUUAUUUGCU